AUGGAUGCUACUCGUAAUCUUAAAAUUUUGUGUGAGAAAAGAAUUAUAUUAGUAGAGCCUGUUGGUGUUUGUAAAUAUGGAAGAUUACUUGCUUAUCUUUAUGUUAAAAUUAAUGAAGAUUUUAUUAAUUUAAAUGGUCAUUUGGUUGAGUUAGGAUUAGCUCACUUUUAUAAUAAAAGUUUCACUAAAUUUGGAAAAUAUAAAGAAUUUCUUUAUCUUAAAGAACAAACUGCUAAAAUGAAUAAUUUAGGUGUUUGGCAAUUAGAAAGUGUAACCAUGCCUUGGGAUUUUAGAAAGUCUAAAUAA